UUGAAUCAAAUAUAAGUUUUUUUAAAUUAAAUUUCUUCAAUACUCGUUCUACAGUAUAUUUUUAAUUCUUUUCAUGAAUUAUUAUGUGUUAUUAAUUAUGUUAUAUCAAAAAUUUAUAAAUAUUAUUGUAUUAUUUUCAAAACCAUAAACUAUAUUGGCUUGGCGCUAUCGUCUUCAAAUUUGCUAUUAUCAACAUGGCGGAAAAAUCAGGAAUGGAGGAUGACGGGGACAGCAGUUCACCUAAAACACCUUGCAAUAUCAAGGAGGAGCCCAUGGAACUUGAUUUGCCUGAUGAAGAUGAAGCUCCUCCCGCGUUUGGGCCAGCUGCUCUUGGUCUGCACAGAGUUGGUACUAAGUUGCCGCCAAGACCUGUCCCCAGUGAGCCAUUACAAAAACUCAAUGCUAGAGGCAUGCCUGCACGUAUACGAAAGAAAAACAGAUUCAUAUUUGUGGACGAUUUUGUGAACAGUUCUCCUCCUAGACAAUCUCCAAAGCGGACACCAAAGAUUCUGUCUAAAACACCAAAUAAGCAGUCUUCUGCAAAGAAGCAGAAGUCUCCUUCUAAAGUGCAGAGGAGUAUUGACAGAUAUGAGGACAAGUUUGAAUCUAAUGGGGGCCAAUCACCUGAUCGUAAGUCUGGCCAACGAAUUGGAAUGAGACUGCGGAAUCUUUUAAAAUUGCCAAAAGCACAUAAAUGGGUAUGUUUUGAAUAUUUCUACAGUAAUAUUGAUAAAGCACUUUUUGAUGGAGAAAAUGAUUUUAUGAUAUGCCUAAAGGAAUCGUUUCCCCAGUUAAAUAGUAGGAAAUUAACACAAAUACAGUGGGCAAAAAUCAGGCGAAUGAUGGGAAAACCAAGAAGGUGUUCACAAGCUUUUUUUGCUGAAGAAAGAAAAGAACUUGAAAGGAAAAGAAAAUUAAUAAGGUACAUACAACAACGUAAGUCUGUUGACAUUUGUGUUAAAGAUUUGCCUAAUGAGAUACCAAUGCCAUUGGUAGUAGGAACCAAAGUGACAGCAAGACUGCGAAAGCCACAAGAUGGCUUGUUUACUGGUUGUAUAGAUGCUGUUGAUACAUCCAAUAACACCUACAGAAUAACAUUUGAGAGACCCAAAUUGGGCACACACUCGGUACCUGAUUAUGAAGUCCUGUCAAAUGAACCACCUGACACAAUAAGUAUAGCAUCUAUAACUCAAAAAUUCAGGCCGAGAUAUGUAAUGCAAGAAAUAUUUAAUUUAUCAAAGCCUAUACCUGUUAACAACAUAUCUGCUGGAGAUCCUAUGAUAGGAUGUACAGGUAUCACUGACAAAUUAGACUCUACAAUCGGAGGGUAUCCAUUUCAAUUUCUAGAACUAAUUGUUAAGUUGACUAAAAUACUUAAUGUGAAGAGGGGAAAAAUCAACUGCUUAAAAGAGUAUAAUUCUAUAGCAGAAAAAAGAAAAUCAUUUGGCUCGAAAAUGCCGGAAGACUUUGAAAGGAACUAUGCAAGUGUUGUCAUAGAUCUGGAGAAAAUGAAUGUGGAUUUACAGGAUUAUAUCAACCAAGUCCAGAUCCACUGCCAACAAAUAGCUCCUGGGCCCAGCCUGGCCGCCAUGUUAGCUCCUUCACUUUUGAGGGAAAAAUGUCAGGAAGAGGCUCAUGUGCUUGUGGCAAAGAAUAAUGGUGAUUCUGUAAAAAAUCAUGCUCUGAUUGACAUCAUAACCGAUUUGACUGCUCUUAUGCUGCAAGUUAAAAGUCUGUCAGAUUCAGAUCAAAAUGCAUAUGAACUAGGGGUUCUACAAGGCACAAUGGAGCAAAUCAAGCAUAAACUAGAGCCAAGGCAUCGUAAAUUGUUCCAAAACAACGUAGAAAUACAUAUGCAGAGAAUACAAAUGGGACUUGGACAGAACAUGACAUCUAGUAGUUUUAUGAUAAGUUCAUAACAUUUUGUAUGUAAGAGUAUAAUAAGUACCUAACCAUAGGGGAAAUCAAACUAAUGAAUGAAAUACAUAAAUUGAAGGUAUUGGAUUUUAAAUCAAGACGAAAUUGAGGAAAUAACAUUACUGAUUACCUGCUAAUAAUCCUCAGUACAUCUAGGUAUUUUGAGAAAUGCAAUCCACAUACUAUUUGAUCUACUAAAAUAUAUCCUCGACCCAAAUUAAUAAAAUGUUACUGUAUUUUUAAAUCAAUUAGCAUUGAUUUGUACAUUAUAUUACUGUAUACCUACUAGAAACAGAAUAUAUUGGUGUUAAAUAAA